CUUAUACAUUUUCACAUCAACCAAAUAACAAAUCAACGAACUAUUAUUUCUAUAGUGCAAAUUAACCUUCUCUGUUUCUCUCUCUCAAUGGCAUUGAAAGUUGUUGUAUUGUUGUUCAUUGCAAUGCUUGUGUUGAAAGAGCAUAAUGCUAUGGCUAUGGGGAACAAUUUCUGAUGAGACUUCAAACCCUACUACUACUGUUUGUAAGAUUGGAUGUUCUCUUGGUCUUUGUUCCAAAUUUCUCAAUGAUAAUGAGAUAUUUGGAACUUGCAUGAAAAGCUGCAGUGAGAACUAUUGCAUUGGCGGCAAUGUUGCUCUAGAGAAAGCUUAAGAAGAAGCAUUAAUUUGCUCCAAGAAAUUAUGUCCACAAAGUAUGUGUCUGUCUAUGACACUAAAUUAUGUACUAUGCUACUAAAUACUUUUGUGGUUGUAAUUUUAAAAAAUUCCCUUUUAAUCUGUAUGUGUUGGUUGAAUAAAAGUCCAGUAAUGUGUUGUAGUUGCUGUUUGUUAA